CCGUUCGCUGCCUUUUGGGUUGUUCUCACCCUCCGAUCAGUGCGUUUGGUGAUUCCCGCAGCGUCCCACUAACUACUAACUUACUCGUAUCGUCUUGGGAGCCAACAAAUCAUGAUUGCCAGUCUCAAAUGUACGUGUGUGUCUAGACAUUCUACCUGUAUACAAUGAUAACCUCCAAUGAUAUCGGAAAUGAAAAAAGUGUUUGGUGUGGAAAACGGAGGGAGGGUUUUGGUUUCGACACCCCCCGCGUCCGAUGCCGGAGAUGCGUUCCCGAAUCUUGGAAGGCACAGCGUGUCGGUCUUUGCCAAACACGCUUCUCGACACCGCAUCCGUACCCACCGUUUACACAAUGACGGUCGAUUCAUUCACCGUCAAUAUGGAAGACUACCCACCCCACUCUCUGUUGGGUCUGUCUGCUCUUUCCUUUUCCUCGUUGGGAAGGAAUCCUGGGACACCGUUUGUUUGUGUAGAUCUACGCCGUGCGUGCUUGGGGAAUAUUCUCUACUCACCUCGUGUUUUUUUCUUUUUCUCUAUUGAUUUACCUUUUACAGCACGUUCCUUCGACGACGUAAUGGACACGGUUACCCGCGCGGGCAUGGAAGCCCUUGGUCGUCUCGACUACAAGUCUCCCUACGCCCUCACAGCCGUCGGUCUCGUCGGAGCCUUUAGUCUCCGCAACGUCCUGCAGAAAAAGUUCGCCAACCUCAUUGACACCAUCUGCAACCGCACCUACAUUUACAACAUUUGCUGGGAAGAUCCCGCCGUCGACCACGAGAUCCUCAAGAUUCAACCGGACGACGUCAUUUUCCGCAUUUGCAGUGCCGGGGAUAUCGUGCUCGAUUACGCCAUUGAAGGACCCGCCAAAAUUGUGGUCUGCGACAUGAAUCAGCACCAACUAUGGUUGUUUGAACUCAAAAUACGCAUGCUCCGUGACCCCCACCUCACCUACGACGAAUGGUGGGCCAUCUGGGGCAGUUCCGACGUACUCGUCGCCAUGAAGGUCUGGAAACGUAUGCGUCACACCAUGAGUGCCGGGGGACGAGUUUGGUGGGACGGACGGAUCGAACGCGUCUUCCGCAACGGAUACGCAACCUCCGGAUCUUGUGGAUUCGCCGCCAAACAUCUCAUCCCCUGGCUCAUGUGGGUAGUAGGAUUCGAUGUCAAGGCCUGGGCCGAUACCGGAUUUUCACACGCUUACAUUUCCGAGAAUUCUCAUAUUAUCGAAAAUUCCGCCUGGUGGUUCCGGCGCAUCUUCCCCGGUAUUCUGGCUCCCUUUGCCGGGGUACCGCCCAACCAGAUUGGACCCGAAUUCUACACCACGGAGUUCUACGAAGGAAUCUUGCGGGAAAUCUUUCUGGAUCCCGAUUUCGGCAAGGACAACUACUUUUACCGCUUUUAUUACGAAAAGGGGUAUAAGGACCAGACCUGCUGUCCACGAACACUCAAACCACAGUACUUUGACGCCCUCCGCGCCAAUGCUGGUUGUUUCGAAUGGCACCACGCAACGGUGCAAGAAACCAUGGAACGCGUCAAGCCGUACUCCUUCACCAAGCUCGUCCUGCUCGAUCACAUGGACUGGAUGCCCAACAGCCUCGUUCACGAAGAAUGGAUUGCCCUACAGCGUUCCACCGUCCCCGGUGCCAAGGUCUUGUGGCGAUCGGCCUUUACCAAAAUGGACGAAAAACCGUUCUUCAACAAUCUCGAUAUUACUGAUCUGAGCCCCGAGUGGUACCACAAGGACAGGGUUAAAAUGUACCCCGGCACGUUCUCGUGCCUCAUGCCGGCAGAUCCUUUCCCCUUUGUCGAUCCCGAACCAUCGCCCUGUCAACGAGCCACUUUUACCCGCAAACUCAAAACCACCACCAAGAUGAUUCUUCAUCCUCUAACGGCCGGACGCGUCAACGCGCACGGCGACAAGAUGAGUUCCUUUUACGCUUCGCAAGCCAAGGGUUACGACGCGGUCCGUGAAAACAUGCUGGUUUCUCGACCGGAAAUGAUGUCCGGCUUUGGUCCCAUCAAGAAAGGUCACACGUGGUUGGAUGUGGGUGGUGGUACCGGGCGAAAUCUGCACUAUCUUCGGGCACAGUUGGAUUUGUUCGAACGCAUCGUUGUACUCGAUAUUUGUCCUGAACUGCUCGCCAUUGGUGAAGAAAACGCCCGACUUUCCUUCACCCCCGCACAGACUGCCAAGAUUUCGUGGGUUGUUCUGGACAUUAACGACAAAGACGUCCGCUCUAUCCUCGCCAAGCACUUGCACAACGACUUGCAGCGUGGAUUCGAUACUAUUUCGUUUUCAUACUCGCUCAGUAUGAUUCCGGCGUGGGAGCAGGCCCUGCUUUCCGCACGCAGUCUCAUGUCGGCCGACGGUCGCGUCAUUGUUUCAGAUUUUGAUACGUACACGGAGGCGGGCAAGUCCUUUAAAGACUUUUUGAUUCGCACCUGGUACCGACAAGACGGCGUACGCAUCGAAUCCAAAUCGCGAGAUUUCAUUGCGAAUAACGUGUUCGGCGGUACCAACUUUGCCGUUACCAUGGCCCGUUUCCAACGCAAGCUGGGUGGCGUCAAGAUUCCCCACUACGUCGCGUGUUGUCGGAAGGAAACCGUGACCGAGUCGGACGGCAAGCGUCGUCCGUCCGCGAUUGAUUUGACCGCACUGGGCGAAGAAAAAAAGACGGACUAGCACUGUUGACAAACGUAUGCACUUUGAAUCCAACGCACGCGCAUACUAAUGUCUCGCAUGCAUUCCCUUUUCGGGGCCGCCUCGGUACUGCCAUGUUUUACAACCAGAAGAGAUACUCUCGUAGACGAUUAAAAGCUAGUAGUAGAUGUGAACAUUGCUUGUUU